GCUUUUUACCUAUUCCGAGAAAAGCUCUGCGCCUCUCUGGUCUGAGCGCGGUGCGAGCACGUUGAAGAUACCCACUACCGUAUCAGUUGCUGUCCGAACGUGGUUAGUGUCGCAUACUACUGAAUCAGUAUCACUGCAUUGUGUAUUGAAUUGAUGGUUAUUAAGUGGACGUUUUACUGUCAUUGUUGUUACUGUCAAUGAUUUGAAGACAUUAAUUAAACUGACUCGAUAAGAUAGAAGUAAGUGCGAGUGGCAGAUCGAAAAGCACAUGUCAGAUUGCAUCAACAGCUCGCGUAGACGAGUCUGCAUUUUUUUCUAUAAAGAAAUAACUACAGAUUAUCAAGUCGAGGCAACAGUGUUUUGUACGAGUAUCCGGCAAGAGUUCGCGUAUAUGAGUUUGCAUUGUUUUCCCAGAGGCGAGCGUUCGCGUCAGCAACUUGUCGAGACUAGUGUAUGUUUGUUCUGUCGACGACAAAUAUAGCCGAUUUCCCCUUGAAGGCGGUGGUGAACGUGUUACUCGUUCUGCAUUGUUUAGGCGCAGUGUAAUUUCAAUCAUCGUACGUACAUAAUGUCUGACGAUAGCGAUUUGGACGACAGUCUGAGGGAAUUUACUGCCGAUUCCAAGAAAAGUUACAAAGAAAGAGAGAAGGGAAGUCAGAGUCAGACUUCUCAGUCUCAAGAAAAAUGGUCAGAUCAAAAAAUAAGGAGGAAAUUAUUUUUUUCUGAGACGAAAGUAGAUCUGUUCAAAAAACAGUUGGAAAAAUCGACGAAUCAAUGUUAUCGACGACGCGACGGUAAAAGCAAGUUUGACCUUAAAAAUGAAAGUCGCACAUCGAGGAAUCCACUCAUCAAGUUUCGGCAUAUUCGUUUGGAAUGCAUCUACGCGAAGGAGUCGGUCCCAUUACCACUAUCCGAAAAGAAGCGAAAAACAUACACUUCUUCCCUUGGAUGUAAUGGUCAAAUAAAAUUGAAAUUGUCUGAAGAUGGGAGCUGUUACUGUGUUUCAGAAAUCGUCCCGCAUGACAAACAUCCACAAGCAAAUGCUGCAACUUGUAAACUUUUACCGCAAUCUCGUAAAUUGAAUGCUGAACAAAAAAAAUUGGUUAAAGAGACUUUGAAAGUUGAUGGAAACAAAUUGAAAUUAGUUACUAAGUUGAACGAGGAAGGCACCAAAGUAACUUUAAGAGACAUUCACAACGUUCGUGCUGAAAUGUCUGAAGACCGUCUGGGAAAUUCUGUUUCUGCUGUUACCGAUGUUUUAACGCAGUUUCACGCUGAUUAUGAAUUUCAUGUCAACCAGCACAAUGAAUUUCAAGUUCUGUACUUUGCCACACCUAAUAUGAAUGCCGUUUUUGAAGCUUGGCCAGAGUUUAUCAUGACGGAUACUAAUGUACAACUAAUGUACAUAAUGUUGAUGAGGCUGUUACCAGUUCUACUAGUGAAGUGAAAGCGAAUUCUAAAAGUAAUUAUUUUGUUUCUCCUCUCAAAUGUAUUGAAAACAUUAGUAAUGCCAAUGUUGACAAUCGUACUAUCGCUAAUGUAUCCGAUAUUAUCAUAAGUAAAAAUGAACGAAAGCGAGGUAGACCGAAAAAGAAGGCCCUCACUGCCAUUGGUUUGCCUAGCAAAAAAUCGAAGCAAGUUAAUUGUAAAAGUUAUCUGGAAUUAUCAGACAAAGAGAAAGCGAUCAUAAUCUUUCAGUGGAUUGUAUCACCGGCUAUUUUAAAAAAAAUCGAUAUUUCAGUUGUCAAAAUUGAUGUUGAUACCUUAAAGUUAAAAAAUGUACCGUGUUGGUUAUACAAUGAAGAAAUCGAUAUUACGAUUCUCCAAUCUUACAUGACAAACGAAGCAUUUAAUCUGUUGCAAAAUGCAAUUACAGCUAAUAUUGAAAAAGUUAAGUGGAUUUGUUUUCUUUGCAAAAGAGAUCUAGAUGAGAGUCAGAGGAAAGAUAGACAGCCAAGCAAAUCAACGAAUUGCGACCACUGUUUAAAGUGGUAUCAUUAUGAAUGCUUGAAGGUACCACCUCUUGAUAACGAUGACAAUUCGACUUAUUUUUGCGACAAAUGUAGAAAUUUAUAAUAUUUUCCUUUUCUUUAAUUUUUACUUUUUGUUUUGAAGUGUAUUUCAUUUACAUUAUUCAAUUUCAUUCACAUUAUCUAAUUUUUAUUCAAAAUAAAGUUUUGAAUAUUUCAAU